GCUCAGAAAUGUAGCUGCACAUCUUCUCCAGGUCGCCAUGAACACACGGUAUUUUUUUUUUUUUUACAGGAAAAAAUAACCCCAGCAGCCACGGGAGUCAUGUCACACCGUGACGUGGUUAACGGAUGCAAACUUGUCACCGUGCUCCUUCUUUGGCUCGGGUCCUCUGCUGAGGAUGGACACACAGUGGCACAUCCAGACUUAGGCUUGGAGGAGGUGGUGUUUGUCAUCCAGAGUCAGGGAAACUCCUACCACGCCCGUCGAGCCGUUGAGAGGAAGGAGGAGAUUUUGCAGCAGGCAAUUGAACUUGAACAGGGACCUCCAGCUGUUGUUCUCCUCCAUGAGUUGUCCAAGUAUGAAGGGGACUGGAGCGUCCUCGCUGCUCUUCCUCGUCUCUCUGCCAUUUAUGGACAAUCGGCAUCCUGGUUUUUCUUCACCGAGGAGGAAACCAGAGUCACGUUGGCUGCUCUGUUGCAAGUCCUGCAGAGGUAUCACGUACAUGAGGAAUGGUUUUUGGGUAAGCAUCUCCAUGACAACGAGGCCUCAAUCAUCCACCAUUACGCCUUUUCCGAGGACCCCAGUUCCUUUGGUUAUCCUGACCCUGCAGCAGGCUUGGCUCUCAGUGCGCCUCUACUCCAGAGACUCGCAAAGCGGAUCCAACAUGAGCAGCUGAAGUCGGAUUUUACCAUCGACUUGAAACACGAGAUUGCUUUGUAUAUUUGGGAGGAAGGAAAAGGUCCAAAGCUGACAGCUGUGCCAGAGUUUUGUACUGAGUCGAGGGACGACUGUGCCACCACAUUUACAACCUACCUGCCCAACUGUGGAGAACCCAUUUCAAAAAAAGACGUAUUUGUUGCUGUGAAAACGUGGCAGAGAUUCCACUCCGAGCGAGUGCCAGUGGUGAAGGCAACUUGGGAGAAGGAUGCUGAGAUUUUGGAGUAUUACAGCGACGUCGCUGAUGCCUCCAUACCCACGAUCAGCCUGGGAGUGCCCAAUACGGAGAGAGGACACUGUGGGAAGACGUUUGCCAUCUUGAGGCGGUUUCUGAGUGAAGCUGUGCCAAAGACGGACUGGCUUCUCAUCGUUGAUGACGAUACACUCAUCAGUUUACCACGGUUGCGAAGACUGCUGCGUUGUUAUGACCCAAGAGAAGCGGUGAGCCUUGGGGAACGAUACGGCUUCGGUUUGGUCCGGAACGGAUACAGCUACAUCACAGGAGGAGGCGGGAUAGUGCUCAGUCGGGUGGCAGUUUCCAGGUUACUUUCCAGCGGUUGCAGGUGCUACAGCGACGAUGCUCCUGAUGACAUGGUGCUGGGCAGGUGCCUCACUUCCCUUGGUGUCCCUAUCACACACAGUCCACUGUUUCACCAGGCUCGACCAGAUGACUACAACUACUCGUUGAUCUCCUUACGCCAGGCCAUAUCCUUCCACAAGCACUGGAACGUAGAUCCUGUGUCGGUCUACAAAUACUGGCUGCAGGACACAAACCUAAGAGAUGAACUGUAGACACACUGGAUCUGUGCAUGUGCUGUAUGUGUGUGUGUGUGACAUACUGUGGGAACCAAAGUGGCUGUAAAGUCCAGAGAGACCUGGCAAAUUUGUCCUGAAGCAUUAUUUGAUAUAUUAGUCCUAUAUGGUUUGGCACUUCCAAUUCCUGGUUUUCACUCUGGCGACUCCGGCUAUGGGUAUGCUGAUUUCUUGCAGCCAUUGGUUAAGUGGGAAGAAACUGGGCUUGUAACCAGAGGGUCGCAGAUUUGAAUCCUACGAUCGGUCCCCCCCCCCGUUGCUCCUUAGGGGUUUGUGUAUAAUAAAGAUGGUGUUAAAUGCAGAAGUAAAAUGCUUUCACUGAUUAGUGUGUGUGUACAAAUGUAACUAAUUCAAAUGUUAAUCAAUAUUUUUAAUAUCAGAAUCAAAUCAAAUGGCUGGGUAUCAAGUUAAAGGCUGAUUGACUUAAGUUGUCGUCUUGGUUGAAUAACAUACUGUAUUUAGGUGAUUGUUUGCUAACAUAGGAGUUUACAUCUUUUCACUUGUUUUUAAAAUGUAUAGCCAGUAAAAUCGUCCACAGUAAACGUGGGAUGACAAAUUGCAUCAACCUCUAAAUCUAAAAACUAGGCUUAAGAUGAAGUCAAAUACAGAGUUGUUGAAAACAUGUUCACAAUACUGAGAAAUGAGCAAAGAAAGAGACCUUUUGAAGUUAAAGUCGGCAAUAGAAGUUAUAUAUAUUAUAUUAUAUUAUAUUAUAUUAUAUUAUAUAUUAUAUAUAUAAUAUAAUAUAUAUUUGAUCUUUGUAUGCGAGUCAGUUCAUUGGUGGACGUGUGCGGAUGCGACUGCUGCAUUAAAGUACUAUUUUUCAACGCCUCCUGAGAACACGUGUGUGUGUGUGUUUUCUAUGUGCUAUCUGAAAACCAUAUAUCAUUAAAUGAAAGACAAAAUGCU